AUGUACAUGGUUGGUAGCACAGCUGUACCUGCCGAUUCAAUGAAAGCCUUGAAAUAUUUACGUAAAUCGGCUGAGGAGAAUAAUCCAAUUGGGCAAACAGGUUUAGCGUUGGCCUACCUAUAUGGCCGAGCCGGUUUGCCAGUUAAACCAGUCAUCGCAAUGGAGUUAUUCCUAAAGGCUGCAGAUCAAGGCUGGCCUGAAGCUCAGUUACAUCUUGGUCGUUUAUUUUUAGGUAACGGUACUCAUGGAAUAAAAACUGACCACAAAUUGGCUUUAAAGUAUUUCACUAUGGCGUCACAACAGGGUAAUGUAAUGGCUUUCUAUCAUUUAGCUGAGAUGCAUGCCAAAGGUACCGGAGUGUUACGAUCCUGUAGCACGGCUGCCGAACUUUUUAAAAAUGUAGCUGAACGUGGUCGUUGGUCAAAAAUGUUCAUGUCUGCUUAUUCUGCUUUUCGUAAUCGUCGUUAUCAUGAAGCGUUUGUUACAUAUCAAUUAUUAGCAGAACUCGGUUAUGAAGUGGCUCAAAGUAAUGUAGCUUUUAUUCUAGAAGAAGGAAAAGCUGCAGGAAUUCCAAACAAUGAAAUUCACAGACGUGCAUUUACACAAUGGCAACGAUCAGCAACACAAGGUUCCACAAGUUCUCGUGUCAAAUUAGGUGAUUAUUAUUAUUAUGGUCUUGGUACUGAUAUUAGUUAUGAAAAAGCUGUUCAACAUUAUCGUAUCGCUUCAGAUCUACAUCAUAAUGCACAAGCAAUGUUUAAUCUUGGUUAUAUGCAUGAACAAGGAUUAGGAUUGAAACGAGAUCUUUAUUUAGCCAAACGAUUUUAUGAUAUGGCUGCUGAAGCAUCAAUCGAUGCACGAGUAGCUGUAUACCUAGCGCUUGUGCGUCUUUCAUUUUAUUUUGUAAUGGAAUUUUUCGGUGAAUCAAGUUUUUCUCAAUAUCUUCGUUAUAUAUUUGGUGGUAGAUCAUCUGUAGAUAAACAUGAAAUAGACAGUGUGAAAGACUCACCGCCGACAACACCAUCAUCAUCUCAUUCAUCUGAACAUUUAACAUCAACUAUGGAUUGGGAUUUUUAUGCAAUACCAUUUUUAACUGGAUUAUUAUUAUUGUUCAUUUUUUAUAUUAGGCAUAGAAGGCUUUAAUAUUAUUUCUGUGUGUUUGUGUGUGUGCGUGUGUGUGUGUGUGUAAUUUCCCUGUAUGUAUUUAUGUAUGUAAUUUUUUGAAGCAUUGCAUAAAGUUGGUAAACUUUGGAAUAACUAUUUAUUACUUUAUUUAUUCCUCAGAUUUUCAUGUUGUGUGAUAAACUAAUUGACUAUCCUUUUUUUUCUUGCCCUAUUGCCGCCUACCCCUCUCCUCCUCAAUUAAUCCCUAAUUUCCAAUUCAUUCAGUAAUUCUACUUUGACUUCUUUUUUAUUUGUUCUGUAGAUAUCAUAAUGUCUACAGAUUGUAAAGUUCGUUAUUUUUUUUCCUUACUAGUACUUCUACUUACACAUUGUGUGCUUGUUUGUGUGUGUGUGUGUGUGUGUGAUUAUGCACUGGUUUGAACUUUCAUGUUGCUGUCUUUUACAAAUGAACACAAAAAAAACCUCCACUUUUUUUCAUGUGUUUGUCUUUAUUCUGGUUUUCUUUAUUUCAUUAAAAUUCCUCUUUCAUCAAGUGAAAUAAUACAACACACUUGGGUUUGUUAUAUUUUGUCAUAGUGAAGUUGUCUUAUUUUACAAUUAAUGAAUUCAGGAAAAUCUUUCAUGUUAAUAAAGCAAUAAAGAUAAUUUCUGUCUGUUAUUUUUGUUUUGAAAAUAACAAGUUUCUUUUUAA